UCCGUGGGUCCGCCGCGUGCCCAGCCGCGCCGCCCGCCCGCCAUGCCGGGCUUCGACUACAAGUUCCUGGAGAAGCCCAAGCGGCGGCUGCUGUGCCCGCUGUGCGGGAAGCCCAUGCGCGAGCCCGUGCAGGUCUCCACCUGCGGCCACCGCUUCUGCGACACCUGCCUGCAGGAGUUCCUCAGUGAAGGAGUCUUCAAAUGCCCCGAGGACCAACUUCCUCUGGACUAUGCCAAGAUCUACCCAGACCCAGAACUGGAAGUGCAGGUGCUGGGGCUGCCUAUCCGCUGCAUCCACAGUGAGGAGGGCUGCCGUUGGAGUGGGGCACUGCGGCACCUACAGGGCCAUCUCAAUUCUUGCAGCUUCAAUGUAGUCCCUUGUCCCAAUCGCUGCCCGACCAAGCUGAGCCGCCGGGACCUGCCUGCACACUUGCAGCAUGACUGUCCCAAGCGGCGCCUCAGGUGUGAGUUUUGUGGCUGUGACUUCAGUGGGGAGGCCUAUGAGAGCCACGAGGGCGUGUGUCCCCAGGAGAGCGUGUACUGUGAGAACAAGUGUGGCGCCCGCAUGAUGCGCCGGCUGCUGGCCCAGCACGCCACCGCCGAGUGCCCCAAGCGCACCCAGCCUUGCAGCUACUGCACCAAGGAGUUUGUCUUUGAUACCAUCCAGAGCCACCAGUACCAGUGCCCGCGGUUUCCCGUACCCUGUCCCAACCAGUGUGGCGUGGGCACUGUGGCUCGGGAAGACCUGCCGGGCCACCUGAAGGACAGCUGCAGCACUGCCCUGGUGCUGUGUCCGUUCAAAGAUUCUGGCUGCAAACACAGGUGCCGGAAGCUGGCAAUGGCACAGCACGUGGAGGAGAGUGUGAAGCCACAUCUGGCCAUGAUGUGUGCCUUGGUGAGCCAGCAGCGGCAGGAGCUGCAGGAGUUGCGAAGAGAACUGGAGGAGCUGUCUGUGGGCAGCGAUGGUGUGCUCAUCUGGAAGAUUGGCAGCUACGGACGGCGGCUCCAGGAGGCCAAGGCCAAGCCCAACCUCGAGUGCUUCAGCCCAGCCUUCUACACACACAAGUACGGCUACAAGUUGCAGGUGUCUGCGUUCCUCAAUGGCAACGGCAGUGGCGAAGGCACACACCUCUCGCUCUACAUCCGUGUGCUGCCAGGUGCCUUUGACAAUCUGCUGGAGUGGCCCUUUGCCCGCCGUGUCACCUUCUCCCUGCUGGAUCAGAGCGACCCUGGGCUGGCCAAACCACAGCAUGUCACCGAGACCUUCCACCCUGAUCCUAACUGGAAGAAUUUCCAAAAACCAGGCAGUUGGUGGGGUUCCUUGGAUGAGAGUUCCCUGGGCUUUGGUUACCCCAAGUUUAUCUCCCACCAGGAUAUACGCAAGCGAAACUAUGUGCGAGAUGAUGCGGUCUUCAUCCGAGCCUCUGUUGAAUUGCCCCGGAAAAUCCUCAGCUGAACACAAGGGUUCCAGGAGAAAGGGGAGCUAUGACAGUCUGGCACUGGCUGAACCAGAGAGGAGGGGGCUGGACCCCCUUGAGCACGGUGCCACCUAGGUUCUGUUACCCUGUUCUUCCCCCUUUGCCCUAGUCUUCCCUGUUACCCUCAGGUGCCUCCUAUUGGUGCUUCAACCUGGUCCCUUGGGGGAGCAGGUCUUGGGAUCAUCAAGGGCUUGGAAACAAGUGAUCCCAAGGUCUGUCUUGGGCAGGGCAGACAUGCCACCUGCCUUGGUGCCCACCACACUACUGGGGACCGAGGUGUCUGCUGGUGCUAUCUCCCAAGAGCCAUAGGGGGUGGAGGGAGCCAGGAAAGGAAAUAGGUCAAGAAUCUGUUUUGAGAUCUGAUUCCUCUUCCUGUUUCCCCUGCUGUGCACCCCACUGGUUAUUUAUUUACUUAGUUCCAGGAGAGCACAGCAGGGGAGCCCCUAUUUUUAAUAAAUCCUGAAUUGUAUUUA